UUAUGUAAAUUGAAUUAUCUCGUCGUAGAAAAAUUCUGUAAAAAUUUUGUUAGGUCUUCUCCUCCUCCGCCGUCUCGUGCGCCGAUGCAAGCGGCAACCGGCGAAAUCCCCGCGGCAACCGCCGGAUUCCAUGGAAAUCUCGCCGGCGUCCGCCGGUAGCCGCCGCGGUCACCCACCCUAGUCCUCCCCCACAGCUCGCUCGCGCCGCUGUGAAUCAGUGAAUGACUUCCGGUUUCUCGCCCGACUCCGCCCAGUCUCCUCCCGGUUUUCCCCUCUCUGAGCUCGCCGAGCAGAUCUGCCGGCUGGAGAGCGGCGAGCACAAGGAGGAGGAAGCCGCCGACGCCGACGCCGACGCGGUCGGCCUCUACCAUCUGAUGGUCGACGAGAGAACUGAGGCAGUUGGUGGUUCAGACACCAUAAUGGCAUCACCUCCAGCUUCUGCCUCAAGGCCACUGGAUCCUGCAUGGGUUCAUGCAAAAGUAAUUGGCAAUUCAAAGAAUGCCUUAGCAUGUCUUCAUUGUGGGAAGAAGAUUGGUGGCGGUGGCAUCACCCGCUUUAAGUACCAUCUUGCUGGAAUUACCGGCCAAGUUCAAGCCUGCAAGAAGGUGCCCAAUGAUGUCAGGCGUCAGAUGAAGCAACUUGUCAAUGAGCAUAGGUCACGGCAUGACACUCGAGAUGGCCACUAUUCAGGCUUUGAAGAGGAUUCUUCUGAUGCUGUUUUGUCGAAUGGAAGCUCAGGGGUUCAACUUAGGCCGUCUAGGAAGCGAAGAACAGGGUGUGUUUCUCCGCAAGCUGCUGCAGGCUUUGAAAGAACAGGAUACGUCUCUCCACAAGCUGCUGCAGGUUUUGAAAGAAUAGGAUACAUCUCUCCACUAGCUGCUGCAGGUUGCGAAAGAACAGCAUACGUUUCUCCACAAGCUGCUGCAGGUUUUGAACCAAGCAAUGAUGCAUUGUUGGUAUCACGAGACUUGGUUCAACAUAGCAUGGAUGGUGUGGAAGUUCCAAAUGAUCUGUUACACAAUGCUAGAGUUGCUAUGGCAAGAUGGUGGUAUGAUGCAAAUAUACCCUUUAGUGCAGCAAAAUCUCCUUUCUAUCAGCCAAUGUUAGACGCCAUAGCAUCCGCUGGAGCAGGUCUCAAGGGACCGUUGUAUCAUGACCUACGCGGGCCAUUGUUGAAACAUCUUACUGAUGACAUUCGCGAAUAUCUUCAUGAUAUGAAGAAAGAAUGGAAUGCAUGCGGUUGCUCACUUAUUGCUGAUAGGAAGAAGAAUCAUGGAGAGAGUUCAAUAAUAAAUUUUUUUGUAUACUGCCGACGAGGUACUAUGUUUUUGAAAUCUGUCGAUACUUCAGCAGAGAAAGCAAAUUUGCUUGAGAUCUUUGAUCAGGUUGUUAGAGAAGUUGGGCCGGAAAACAUUGUUCAGUUUAUCACUGAUUUAGAUCCGAGAUAUAAGACUACUGUUAAGGUUCUGGAAGAAAGGUAUAAAACUUUUGUUUGGUCUCCAUGUGCAGCACGUUGCAUUGACUUGAUGUUGGAGAAUCUCGCAGAUCCUAGAUAUUUUCCUAUGAUUGAUGAAACUCUAAAUAAGGCAAAGAAGAUAACCCAGUUCAUAUAUAAUCAUGCAUGGGUUUUGUCAUUGAUGAGGAAAGAAUUCACAGGUGGUAGAGAUCUGUGCCGUCCAGCCAUCUCAAGAUUUGCCACACAUUUCCUUAGUCUCCAAUGUAUUCUUAAAUUUGAGAAAGAGCUCUGCCAAAUGGUUACUAGUAACAAAUGGGUAAAAUCAACUUAUGCUAAGGGUGGUGUCGGCAAAGAGGUUGCAGCUAUGAUUUUGAAUGCCCACUUUUGGGCCCAGUGUAAGCAUGUAGUCAAGGUCACUGAGCCACUGUUGUGUGUGCUUCGACUGGUGGAUAGUAAUGAAAAACCUUCAAUGGGUUACUUGUACGAAGCAAUGGAAAAGGCAAAGGAAUUGAUCAGGGCACGGAUGAUGCAUAAGGUGUCUCUUUAUGGGCCGUAUGUUAGAGUAAUUGAUGCUAGGAUGGAGAAACAACUUAACAGUCCAUUGCAGGCAGCAGGGUUGUUUUUCAAUCCCGGAAUAUUCUUUAGUCCCACUUUCAAGAUGCAAAGCUAUGCACAUAGAGGACUUGUUAAGACAAUUUCUUGUCUGGUCCCUGAUGAUGAUAUUCAAGAUAAGAUAUUUCUCCAACUUGAGGAGUAUAAGAAAGGAACUGGUGACUUUGGCCUACCAAUUGCAAUUCGUCAACGUGAAAAACUUGAUCCAGUUGCAUGGUGGGAUAACUUUGGCAAUGGAACUCUCAAGCUCCAAGGUCUUGCAAAGCGAGUCCUUGGCCAAUGCUGCAGCGCAACAGGCUGCGAAAGGAAUUGGGACAUUUUCCAUCAUAUCCACUCAAGAAAGAUUAGCAGGCUUGAACGCUCAAGGCUAAGUGAUGUUGUCUUCCUUCAAUACAACCAGAAGCUUCGGGAACGGAACCUUCACAAACACAGAGAUGCCAUCGACCCAAUCAGCAUUGACAAUAUUGAUGUUUUAGAUGAAUGGGUCAGUGAAGAGCCUAGCCUUCUUUGCAGAGAUGACCUGAACUGGGAGAGAAUAGACGCACCAUUUGCCGAGCCGACUUCUGAAGACGAAGAAUUUGUCGCUAUUGAUGACGAGGAGGCUCCAACAGCGUCACUGUCCUGGCCGGCAGCAGCAGCAGAAGACUCAUAUUGCCCACCACCUGAUCAAGAUCCCUAUCAGUAUGUCACCCAGGAGGAUGGAAUUCUACCUUUCUGAAACCGGGAACUUCUGCUCUGUAGCGAACUGAAAACUGUCAUUAGGACACACAUCUAGCUAAUGUCUUGGAAAACUUCCUGGGCAUGGAUUUGUAUCGGUUUAACUGAAUCUGUCCAGUUAGGAAAUGAGAAGUUUCAAUCUACUGCUGAAAUCAUUUACAGUCUGAGGCAUGUGCAAAGCUUAUUUUCCAUCCCCCCCCCCCCACCCCCCAAUCCCCUCCUGUUGGUUUUGGAUGCUUCAGAGUUCAGACUUAAGCUGUGAUGCCAAAACCUGGAAGGCUGGAAUUUCUGUUCCAUAGUGAACUGAGCUGUCAUUGGGACACAUAUAUUAGGUUCUGAAACUUUCCCUGUGCAUGAAUUGGUGGCAUUUUAACUGAAUUCUAGACAGUUCGGAAAUUAGUAGUAUAAUCUGUUCUAAAAUAA